AUGUCAAGAGACACAUUCGAUUUACUCUGCCAUCAUUUACAAGGUUCACUCAUGAAACAAGACACACACUUGUGUAAGGCUAUCCCAGUAAACAAAAGAAUUGCUAUCACUUUAACUCGGCUUGCAAAAAAUUCAGAUCUCAGCUGCAUCAGCAACACAUUUGGUGUAGGUGUGUCAACAGUGUGUACCAUAUACAUUAAAGUGUGUAAAGCAAUUUGUCAAAUAUUAACACCAAUUUACCUGAUGAAACCAACCACUAGUGAGAUGUUGAAUAUUAUAAAAGCCUUCGAGGAAAAAUGGGGAUUCCCCCAAUGUGGUGGCGCCAUUGAUGGUUGCCACAUCCCCAUCAUAUCACCCUCUACAUACCCAGCUGACUAUUAUAAUAGAAAGGGAUGGCACAGUGUGCUGUUGCAGGGAUUAGUCGAUCAUAGGUAUAGAUUUAUUGACUUUGACUUAGGUUGGCCUGGGAAAUGUCAUGACACCUGGGUCUAUGAACAUUCAAGCAUUGGCCACACAGAUUCAGAAGGAAACUAUUACCCUGAAUUGGUUAAAAACAUUAACAAUGUGCCUAUCCCUGUUGUGCUUGUCGGUGACUCGGCCUAUGCUUUGUCGAAUGGCAUGAUGAAACCAUAUAAGAGAGAAAAUUUGACAAGGGAACAAAAGAGGUAUAACUAUAUUCAAAGUAGAAGCCGCAUGGUGGUUGAAAAUGCUUUUGGCCGUCUCAAGAAUAGAUGGCGUUGUCUGAUGAAGCGCAACGAUAGCUCCAUUACCAACAUGAAGUACAUCAUUGGUGCCUGUCUUGUGUUGCAUAAUUUCUGUGAAGCGUGGGGCGACAACAGCUUACCCGAUGAUGAGGAAGAAGAUGACUUUACUCAACCUGACACAGAACCAACUAACAAUGCUGGUGAUGCAAAUACAAUUCGUGAUACAAUAUGCACAUAUAUAUCACAAGCUCUUUAUUGCAACAUUUUUUUGAAACAUUUUAUUGAUGUUGGUCACUAUUACAUUAAAUGUAAACUUUACAUGCAUCUUCAAAACAAUGGACGGAAGUGA